UUAAACCCGUGGUGUAAAUGUAGUUAAUGCUGUUCACUUGCUUGAUCACUUAAAAUGCAUUUGUGCAUAAUUUUAUCGGACGGAUAAUGUUUAGGAAGUGCUCCCUACUUAUGCUUAAGCUUCCGCUUAAGCAAUUCAUUAUUUCAGUAUUAACUUUUUGAGAGAUUAUCCAGCGUACGACAGAAGCAACAUACUACAUUGGCUUGUUCUCACGCUAUCUCUCUCUACAGGGCUUAUUCCACUGCCGUACGCGUUCCAGCAUAGUCCUAGUUUAGUGAUCAGGCCUUACUGUUUUUAAGAAUACGUAUGUCGUGUAUUAUUCCCGAUUACUGCCAAAGUCACUUUUAAACCUCAUAGAUGAUUAUUUUGGGAUGCACUAAGGAGUAAAAAUUCAUAUGAAAAUGUCUUAAGCUUGUAAAAACAAUUAAGAUUACACCGUGUUGAUGACAGUUACUGAUUUGUAGUAGAUUAGUAUGGCGAGAUAACUUGAUGUGACUAGUUAAGAGGUAGGAAUAUCAGAAAGUUUUUGAGAGGGUUAUUGAGUUGAAAUUUUAAUCAACAUCCUGGUAUCAGUUAUACAACAAUGACAAGUAAAAAAGGACAUACUUUACGUAUCGAGAAUGAAAUUGACAAGAAUCGUGAAGAAGGAAAUUGGAAGAAAGUUAUAGAAUUGGCCGAGCACCUUAAAGUACAAUAUCCAAGCAAUGAAUGUUUAGCAAAUUUCCUAUGUGGUGAGGCAAGACUGGAAAGUUUUCUUGAACAAACACCGCCAACUGACGCUAAUGUGGCUAAAGCUAGAACGGGUUUGGCAGAAACAAAGCAAUAUCUACUCCUUGCUGCUAAUGAGAAAGAUAAACAGGCACUGGUAGUAUUGGAUGCCCACCUUCUUCUUGGUAAACUUCACUAUGCAAUGGGAAUGUAUGACGAAGCACUAUUUCAUUAUGAACAGGCUGAACUACAUACUCUGACAGAAAAGCAAUUACCUAGUCGCAGCUUACGUAUAAUAGCUGAGUCAUUUGCAAUUAAAGGCCUUUGUCUUGAAAAGCUACCACCAAGUACCAAGACAAAGUAUAAAAUUGCUGAAUGGCAAGACCAGAUGAUAAAAUGCUUUGAGAAUGCAGGAGAUUUGACUCUAGUGUAUCUACAAGAACAAGACAAACAAGCAAUGCAGCAACAAAUCAGUACCUACUACCCAAACAGCAAUAGCAUUGGAUCAUACUCUCCUCAGCCACCUGUCAGUUCCAUAAAACAGAUAGGUCCCAUCUUAGAGACAGCAUUGCAAAGGGCUCCAAUAUUCCACAUUCAAGCUGGCAACGUACAGGCAGCUAUUAACCGUUAUAGAGGGAUCCUGUCAGCUGUUGAGUCUACAGCAACUCAAAGGCUACGUCUCACAUUAACUCGUCGGCUAGCUGAAGUGUUACUACGUGGCAUCAGUGGGAGUCUGUAUAAACCUCCUUUGCUACCACCUGAAACGUCAGCCACCAACGCAGGGCAUAAGAAGAAUCAGUACGGAUCAAACAGUGGAUCUUCGGAGUCUCCAUGGAAACCAAAGAAGUAUACUGGACCAAAUCAAUUCAUUCCAAGGAACGAGUGUGAAGAAAUAAUCCUAUUAUUAUUGAUAAGCGAAGCAAUGGCUGUGCGAGACGCAGUAUUAAGUCAAUCACCAGAAUUUAAAGAAGCUCGAAUUCACGCAUUUGAAAAUGCCACUGCAGUUUAUGAUCUUCUUACUGUAGCAGUUGUAAGAUGGAGUCAAGUAGGAUUACUAUACGAGUCUUUCGAAAGGGCCAUGAAAUUUUCACAUGAGGAAGCACAUGUGUGGACUCAGUAUGCACUAUGCUUAAUCAGUUUAGGAAGAUACGCCCAGGGUCACUCUGUUCUAAAGGUAGUAGCCAGGCUUACGCCGCACAAGGUAAUGCCAUGUCUAUUGGCUGCAAGACUUUGUUACGAGCAAUUAAAUUUGAUUCAAGAAGGGAUCGAUUGGAGCCAAAAGGCGUUACAGCGGGAAACUACUAGCCCGCAGGGAUUGCAAUCAAGAUGUCAUCUCUAUAUCGGUAUCGGAAAUAGUAUACUUUCCUCGAAUACUAGUAUUAAACAAGAUAAAGUACACCACACCAACAUAGCCCUGGAUUGUUUUCACAAAGCACAACAAUGCGACCCCAACGAUCAUCUUGCCGAAUACUACCUCGCUCACGAGUAUGCAAUAAACAGGCAGAUAAACGAGGCAAUGGUGCACGUAAAAAUUGCAUUGAAUCUACGUGCUGAGCAUGUUCCAUCCUUGCACCUGUUGACGUUGUUACUCUCGGCGCACAAGCAAUAUACAGAUGCCCUGGUAUUGAUCAAUAGUGUGCUGGAAGAAUAUCCGGACAAUUUAAACUUGCUUUACCUAAAGGCACAUUUGGAAUUACAUAAUCUGGGCGGCACGAAGGCUUUCACCACAAUAAAACACAUGCUACACCUUUGGCGUAAUCUUUAUGAGGAUCAGACUAAUGUUGAUUGCAAUGAGCAACAAAGCGAGAGACGCAGCGAAACCAGAAGUGUUUUUCAGCUUUACACUUCGGAAAUGUCAGACAAAGAUUCCAGUUCGUUACAUGCACAUUCCUUGGCCGCUUCGAGGAUCGAACAAGCCUUGUCCGAAGUUGCCUCGUCCUUGAGUUCCUUUACACCAAGGCCAGGACCUCAAAGAGCAUGGUUGCUUCAGCAACAAAUCUGGUUGCUACUUACUGAAGUAUUUUUGGUCCUCGAUUGCCCUUUGGAGGCUACAUUAUCGUUACAAGAAGCCACUAAUAUAUUUCCAUUGAGUCACCAUAUUAUGUACACGCGGGGUUUGCUGCACGAACAUAAGCAGGAAUACACGGAAGCAAAGCAGUGUUACCAGAAUGCUGUUUCCAUUAAUCCAACUCACAUAAAAAGUCUUCAACAUUUGGGAUUGAUUUAUCAUUACCUCGGGAGUCAACGAUUGGCCGAAAAAACCUUGAGAGACGCCGCAAAGAUUGAUCCAAACUCCCACGAAACCUGGUAUAAUUUGGGAAAAGUUUUGGAAUCGUUGGACGAGGUUGAAGCAGCAAGCGACUGUAUGGCAACAGCAUUAGAGGUGGAAACAACAAAUCCAAUUCUACCAAUAUCGUCUAUACCUAUCACAUUUGAAUAAUCGAAGAGUCAGUCCCAUUGAACUAAUAUUAACUAUUUAAUUGAUGUACUAACGCGUUCCUGUCACGACGGUAUUUAAUAUCUCUCGUGCCAGUAUAUGGUAUGCUUACUCGAGAUUCCAGUAUUCCAGAUUGUAAAAAUUCGUUUCAACGUGUUGAGAAUAUUUAAAUUUUACAAAUAUUUUAAUGAUGGUGUGGUGUAGAGAGUUUAAUAAAGAGUUACCGUCAAAACCCAGAAA